AUCAGUCAGUGGCUCCGCUCCGCUACACGCCUGCGUCCGCCUCCACAGCUCUCCAAAGCCGAGACGCGCCACCGCCGCCGCCGCCGCCGCUGCCGUCAAUGCGGGCAUGACACACUGGCAGCAGUAGUGGGCUUCCUUCAGCCCGCUUUUUAAGGCAGAUUACACAAGAGGGACUAAAGAGUAGGAGAGAGUGAAGUGACUCCUUGCCCGCCUGUGCCGUGCGUCGAGACGAGUAGAUGAGCCAAUGGCUGGGGCACAGCCUGGAGUUCAUGCGCUGCAGCUCAAGCCGGUGUCCGUGCCCGAGAGCCUGAGAAAGGGCAACAAAUUUAUGAAAUGGGAUGAUGAUUCUACCACCGUGACCCCCGUGACUCUGACAGUUGACCCCAAAGGGUACUUCUUGUACUGGACCGACCAGAACAAGGAUACAGACCUGCUGGAUAUAGCGUACAUAAAAGAUGCCAGAAAUGGAAAGUGCACCAAAACACCAAAG